CUGCGCACAGCGCGCUCUCGUCUGAGGAGCCGCAGUAUCGGGAGCGCCAAGGCGGUGUUUCGGUAGUCUCCGACCCGCCUCUCCCGCGAACCCGGCGUCGUUGGACCGCACCGCGGACGGGGACGUCCGCCGGUUACGGAGGUCGUCACAAUGCCGAUCAAUAAAUCAGAGAAGCCGGAAAGCUGUGAUAAUGUGAAGGUGGUUGUUAGAUGCCGGCCCCUUAAUGAGAGAGAGAAAUCAAUGUGCUACAAACAGGCUGUCAGUGUGGAUGAGAUGAGGGGAACUAUCACUGUGAAUAAGACUGAUUCUUCCAACGAACCUCCAAAGACGUUUACGUUUGAUACUGUUUUUGGACCUGAGAGUAAACAGCUGGAUGUUUAUAACUUAACUGCCCGACCUAUUAUUGAUUCUGUUCUUGAAGGCUACAAUGGGACUAUUUUUGCAUAUGGACAAACUGGAACAGGCAAAACGUUUACCAUGGAAGGUGUUCGAGCUGUUCCUGAACUUAGAGGAAUCAUUCCAAAUUCAUUUGCUCACAUAUUUGGUCAUAUUGCAAAAGCAGAGGGUGAUACAAGAUUUUUGGUUCGAGUGUCUUAUUUGGAAAUAUAUAACGAAGAAGUUCGUGACCUUUUGGGCAAGGAUCAGACACAGAGGUUAGAGGUUAAAGAAAGACCUGAUGUGGGAGUUUAUAUCAAAGAUUUAUCAGCUUAUGUGGUAAAUAAUGCUGAUGACAUGGAUAGAAUUAUGACACUGGGCCACAAAAAUCGUUCUGUUGGUGCAACUAAUAUGAAUGAACACAGUUCCCGUUCCCAUGCCAUCUUUACAAUUACUAUAGAAUGCAGUGAAAAAGGCGUUGAUGGUAACAUGCAUGUGAGGAUGGGAAAGCUCCAUCUUGUAGAUCUUGCUGGUUCAGAAAGACAAGCAAAAACUGGAGCUACUGGACAGCGCCUAAGAGAAGCUACAAAAAUCAAUCUUUCGCUUUCCACCCUUGGUAAUGUAAUUUCCGCCUUGGUUGAUGGAAAAAGCACUCAUGUGCCUUACCGUAACUCUAAAUUGACUCGUCUUCUUCAGGAUUCCUUAGGAGGAAAUUCAAAAACCAUGAUGUGUGCAAAUAUUGGGCCAGCAGAUUACAAUUAUGAUGAAACCAUCAGUACUUUACGAUAUGCUAAUCGUGCUAAGAAUAUUAAAAAUAAAGCCAGAAUUAAUGAAGAUCCAAAGGAUGCUUUGCUUCGUCAAUUUCAGAAAGAAAUAGAAGAACUGAAAAAAAAGCUUGAAGAAGGGGAAGAAAUAUCAGGCUCUGAUAUCAGUGGGUCAGAGGAGGAAGAUGAUGAAGAGGGUGAGAUUGGAGAAGAUGGAGAGAAAAGGAAAAAAAGAAGGGGCAGUAGCAGCAGCAGUAGUUCAGACUCCACAUGUUCUGUCAUAGAGAAACCUCUGGAUAAGUUCUUGCCUAAUCAAGCAGGUAAAAAGAAAGUUUCCCCAGAUAAGAUGGUUGAAAUGCAAGCAAAAAUUGAUGAGGAGAGAAAAGCACUUGAAACAAAGCUUGACAUGGAAGAAGAAGAAAGAAACAAGGCUAGAGCUGAGUUAGAGAAACGGGAAAAAGAUCUUCUUAAGGCCCAACAAGAGCAUCAGUCUUUGCUAGAGAAAUUAUCUGCACUGGAGAAGAAGGUAAUUGUUGGUGGUGUUGAUUUAUUGGCAAAAGCUGAGGAACAAGAGAAACUUCUUGAAGAAUCCAAUAUGGAACUGGAAGAAAGGAGGAAAAGAGCAGAGCAACUUCGCAGAGAACUUGAGGAAAAAGAGCAAGAACGCUUGGAUAUUGAAGAAAAGUAUACCAGUUUGCAAGAAGAAGCACAAGGAAAGACCAAGAAAUUAAAGAAAGUUUGGACUAUGCUGAUGGCUGCGAAGUCAGAGAUGGCUGAUCUCCAACAAGAACAUCAGAGGGAAAUUGAAGGCCUCCUGGAGAACAUUCGACAACUUAGCCGGGAGCUUCGACUUCAGAUGCUUAUAAUUGAUAACUUUAUACCUCAGGAUUAUCAGGAAAUGAUUGAAAACUACGUCCACUGGAAUGAAGAUAUCGGAGAAUGGCAGCUAAAAUGUGUUGCCUACACAGGAAAUAACAUGAGAAAGCAGACACCAGUUCCUGAUAAAAAGGAGAAAGAUCCCUUUGAAGUGGACCUUUCCCACGUGUAUCUUGCCUAUACUGAGGAGAGCCUCCGGCAGUCCUUGAUGAAAUUAGAGAGGCCACGGACUUCAAAGGGGAAAGCAAGGCCAAAGACAGGGAGAAGAAAGCGUUCUGCAAAGCCUGAAACUGUAAUUGACUCUUUACUUCAGUAAAUGUUACAGACUUAAAGUCACAAUAAAAAUUAGUGAUAUUCUUAUGCCUGGGCAAAAUCUUUAAUUAAAACACUGAAGACUUUUGUGUAAUUUAAGAUAAUGGAAGCUGUAGAUCAUGGACUAAGACUGGAACUAACAAUUUGCCUAGUAACUUUUAGUCUAUAUUUAUUAAGUUAAUGUAACAUUAAAAUUGUAAACUGGUAAUUGUUCAAACUGACAUACUACUUUUCAGUUUAUACUGUGCAGGGAAGUUAAGGGAGCAGCUUAUACUAUAGAGAGUUGCAGUUUAAGUGUAUACAUAAAUCUGCUAGUGAUUUAUUCAACUACUGUAUAUUUAGAUAACUGGAUGGAUAUUCAAAAUAGAAAAAAAUGUCCUGUUUUUCACACAGACAGUUGCAGGUCUAAUUGUCCUAUGUCUUGCUGUUAUAUAUGAAUGUAUGGGCUACAUAUCUAAGAAAUGAUUUACUUCUGACACCCACCUGGUCUGUUUAAAUGUGUUCUAAUUUUUAUACUAAUAUUCAUUGCAUUUGAAGUAUGAGAUGACUGAUCUGACUGAUCUGUAGAAAAUUUUAUAAUUAGUCUUUAGAAGUGUACAUGCUUAAAAAACAAAAGUUGAAAAUGUUUCAUCUGAAUUUCUCGAGUUCUUUUGCCACUUUGACUUCAAGUCAGUUUUUUGUUUUGGUUUCAUGUUCUCUUGAAACAUUGAAUUUGUGCCUAACUAUAAAGUAGUCAACAACUGCAGAUAAUAAGAAGCUAAAUACUGGUCACUAAUAUUUGCCUGUACGUGUAUAUUUUUUAAACUUUACUUUGCAGUGUGACUAGUGGAUGUUUUCCUUUGUCUGAGUUCUAAAUUUUGAUGGAAGUAGCUCUGUUUCUCCUAGUUGAGAAAGAUCUCCAUUUUCCAGAAACUACAGCCAAAGCAAGAAAUAUAUCUUUCAAUUCUUUACUUUUAAAGUACUUUGUUUUUCUUCAUAUUUUACAAAGAAAAUACUCUUCCCUGAAUAUCUUUCAUUGACAAAUCCAGUUAGGCCAUAUCUCUAAAAUAAGUUAUUUUUAUUUUACAGUAAAGUAAGUUGUAAUAGAAUUGUUUGUUCUUUUGUUGGCUGCUUACAAAAAGUUAUGCUACUCCAAAAAGAAGCAUAUACAUCUUUUAAGUGUUUUAAAAUUAUGUAAUCAGCCCUGAAACACAUUGACUACAAGUUUUGAGACUUCAUAAAUGAGUAUUUAUUAAGUUAACAUUGUUGUAGUAAGUUUGUAUAAAUAUUGGUUUGUAAUUACAAAGCUGUGCAUGCAGUGGGAGUGAGUGAAGUUAAUGUGUUUGUGAAGUAGUGGUAAAAAUGUGUCCAUAAAUUUAAGGUACAUUCCAGAGGUGGUGUACUAAAUGUCCUGUGUAGGGUGAAUAUUUUCUGGGUAAUAAGAAUUGCAUUUAACUGGCAGCAUUUUCUUUGUAAUGUGUAAGAUAAUUAGACAGUUACAACUUUACUCUGUGGAGCAUUGUUUAGGUACUGUGAAGACUUGAGGUGAACUUGUGUCUUGUAAAAGCUUUGUGUGAGCAGAAUAUCUUGGCAAUUAUAGAUGCACAUUUAACUCUGUUAGUAAUUACUGUAGAGAAAUCUUAAUUUUACUUGUAGAAAGAAAAGAUGACUACUUCUUUUUAAAGUCCAUGUGUCUAGCCUUUAACCAUCAAGUUAACAGAAAAGGAGUAACUUUUGCAUUUUUUUCUAUUCCACUCCACUGCAGUAACUACAACAAAAAAACUGUAAGAAGUCAAAACAUUGAGAAAUUUUAAAAACUGGUUGCUUUAGUAGUUUUUUUUAAAGCAUUUACAUUAGAAUUGAUUAUACUAAAUGGGCAUUAACUAUUUACCUUGUGUAAUACUAGAAUUAGAUAUUGGAGCCAGGCCCGAAUAUCUAUGUGAAAACAUGGGAACCUGACUUUAGAGCUCUUCAUUUAGCUCCAGUCAUAGCAGUUCUCUGGUUUCUUCACAUUUACUAUGUCUUUGUCCACAAAUGAAAUAUUUUGUAACUUCAGUGUUAAUUUCAUGAAAGGAUAUAGAUGAACAAACUUCUCAUUAUUUGAAACAAUAGGCUGAUUUAAAAUGAGUAUCACAUAAAGUAGGUUAUUGAAUGGCCAUUUUCUUUUUAAUUUAAAAAAAUAAUUAUUUAUUAAAAAUAGCCUUGGUAGAAUGUUAUUUGCUUGUGGUACGUUCUUUAAUAAACCCUACAAUUAUAUAUAGUAAUAAUUAGGGUAUUAAAAUAUAGUAAUAUUCCCCAUUUUUGUUUAGAUUUUUUGUGAAGUAUAAAAGUAAUCAAAGUGAGAGUUCUAUAUCUGUGUAUUCAUCCCACAAGUAGAAUCCAUCUGACAUGCUAUGUUGUCUACUUUCUGGGGAAGAGGAACAUUUUUUUGCAGCAAGAAAUUUAAGGUUACUUUGAGAGAGGGGGUGGUACUACUACAACUAUAACUUUUUUUUUAAUUAUUAUAACAGCUUUAGGUAUUUUUUGGUCUUGUUUUUUUAUAGUAUUUUAAAAAUAUCUUUCCCCUUAACUCUUAUUUUAAGGAAAGCCCCUCCCUAUCCUUCAGGGCUGUGAAUUAAGGAAUGGGUAGAGUUUACAUUUAAGUAUGCCAGUGUCUGCCCAAUUUCUUAAUGGAUGCAUUUGUUUUCCUUUUUAGUUAUUCUUUGAUCUUAAAAUGCUAGAAGAAAACGUAGAUCUUCCUAGUGCCUUUGAACUUACACUCUUGUCUAGUGAAUUUCAAUCAUUAAUAACUUUAAUAGCAUUACUACGAUACUAUAUGGUGGCCAAAAAUAAAAAUUGUAUGGUGAGUUUGCUGAAUUAAUUUCAAAAGCCACACUUUCAUUGUAUUUUAUGUAUAAAUUGUAUUUGUUCAAAUUGUAUAUAUUGCUAUUAUAUGUACACAUAUAGCAUGGUUAAAUAAGAAAUAAAAAUCCUUACCUGA